AUGAUAACUUUUCAGCUGGCCCUCCUCAAUUUUGCUGAUUGGGACGAUGGUGGAAGCGAGCCACGCUCAUUUACUCUGAAGAAGAAAGGAUUUCGUGAUAUUCUCGAAGAUAUCAAAGUAAAAGUGCCUGAAGAUCGAAUAAAGUUGAAUUGUCCAGUGACGAAAGUCAAAUACACAGGUGAGAAUCGAGGAGCGACAUUAUGUUUUUCUAAUGGUGAAGAACAUCGUUACGACUACGUAAUUGUAACCUGCUCAUUAGGCUAUCUGAAGAGGAAUCACACUUCCUUUUUCUGUCCUCCACUGGAUCCAGGAAAGACUGAAGCCAUUUUAAGUCUCGGUUUCGGUAAUAUGAUGAAAGUAUUCCUUGAGUACACUAAACCAUGGUGGCCUCAUGAUGCUAAUGCAAUCGCACCGUUGGAGUCACAUAGUCCUCUGGCGGAAUCUUUUCCAAUGUUGCAGCCUCUUUACUGGAAUAAAAAAAUCCUCGUUGCAUGGGUAUCUGGUAAGGGACCGGACUUGAUCAGUCGACUAGAAGACGAAGAACUUGUGGAAGGCAUCACACACCAUUUGCGAGAGGCUUUAGGAGAUCCUACAAUACCCUUCCCUGUGAAGAUAUACAGGCAUAGUUGGAUUACGGACCCAUUGGUUGGCGGCAGUUAUUCGUAUCUGACACCUGAUUCUUCUUUUCUGAUAUCUGUAACCUUAUGUCUUUCUAGGCCUGUGGUCUGUUUUGCUGGUGAGCACACUCAUGCAACGAUGUAUCAAACAACAAUCGGCGCUUAUGAGUCCGGAGAAAGAGAAGCUUAUCGUAUUAUCAAGCAUUUCAUGGCGUAA